AUGCGACACACUAGCACAAGGGACCUGGAUGCUUCGGGGCUGUGGCUACUCGAAGGUUCUUGGACCUUCUGCCCCUCAUGUGGCCGCAAGCGUGCAAGAGUUAAGACACAACGUUUCUCGUUGGAGAGGUUGACGCAGGCGGAGCGAUGUCGUCCAUCGUGUGAUGUUCCAGCGGAAGACCUUCUUGCCCCAGCUCCAGCCAAUGUCCUCGACGGGCGCUUGAUGGUUUACACAACACCACAGAGCAGCACAUGGCACUGCUGGUCUGCGGCGAUUGCAUCGAGCAACCUGCCUUUGACACUCGUUCUUUCCGAGAAAGAACUUCAGCAGCUAGCGGUGCUUACCAUUCAUGUGGAUUGGCAAAGUCGCCGUGGUGGCAAAGCUGAGAUAACAAGCAAGCAAAAGAAGACUCUUACCAGAUGUCGGUGGCAACCCCGUCCUCUUCGCGAGCUUUCUCGAAAUGAUCUUGCUGCCAAGGCUUUCACAUGGCUCCUGCAGAACAACGACACUUAUCGAGCGUGGGUGGAUCACCACGCGGACUUGUUCCAAGCAACCGGCGAGUUGUCCAGUCGCGAGUUGCAAACAGCCGAACUGCUCUUGCGCUCCCCAGGCAUCGAAGUGGCCGCCAGACCUUGGCUUUAUCCGUUGGCGAGUCUAGCCGACACGGACUAUCAAGAGAGAUUGACUCCGUUGGGCUGGACAAAUUCUCGCAACAAGCCGAGCAUUCGCGCAGGCUUCAUGAGAAAGCUCGAGAGUCGGUGUAUUGACUACUGCAACGAUUUCGCUCUGCAGUGCCUGCUCUAUGAUGUCUGCCUCGCAAAAACCAUUAGCUCAGUGCAGGCCAUCGCCGAGAAACAGAAGGUGGCGCCGGAGCAGAUUGCGUCCGACAUGGACGGGUUCGAAAUCUACUGGCAACAACAACUGCGCAAAAUGGAAGACAUUUGCAGGCAGGAGCAUGAAAAGACAGGUUGCUUAUCGGACGCUCUACCCUCGGUCUUCUUCACCAUAGCUCCAGCCGAGUGGCGCUAUCUGCUGCACAACGGGAUGUUUCACGAGGGCUCCCUGACAGACCAGCAGCAAAACAUCACGUUGCAUCUGUACCACACCUUGCAGGUUCUGCUGGAGCACCACAUCCUCAAGAACGGAGCAAGCCUUGCGAAGAUCGGUAUUGCCAGAGUUCGUCAGUGGUCGUUCCGCUUCGAAUUCCAGUCUCGAGGAACGCUGCAUUUGCACGCGGUUUUGUGGGCUGACUUGCUUCCUGGCUGGAACGCCAGUGAUGUCGCCGGUCGAAGCGACACUCUCCACGGUUCCGCCUUUGUUCGCUUGCUGGAGGACAUCUUUCGCAGUCGAGUGGAUGUGCAAUGCGGCGAUGGAAGUCACAACCUUCUGCAAUACGUGGCCGGCUAUGUCUCCAAAGCCUCCGAUGCACUGUCCUUCUCCAAGCGGCAAGCGCAGACGGAUGGCUCGCCGAACGAAACGAGCAAAUGGAGACAAACAUACCGGCUUCUCUGCAAACGUUCUCCCAUGGAACAGGAAGUGCUCAUGGAGUUCGCUGGCCUGCCUAUGGUGCGUCAUUCGUUUAGCGGGCACGCUCUGUUUGCUCCCAUCCCUGGAAGCGAAGCAAAAAAUUCUUCGCGAGAGCAAUAUCUGGUGUAUCAACAUUGCCUCACACUAUCUCCAGAGCUUCUUGGAUGUGCACAAGGCCUUUCUUACAUGCAAUGGUUGAGGCGGUUUCGUGUCGUCGAUGCAGACAAGAAGCAGGUUGCCAGAAGAAACGUGGCAGGACCCACAAAGAACUUUGACUGCGGAGUGGCCAUGACAUUCCCGUUUGAGUUGCUCGACAUCUUCGUGGGCGCAUGGGCAGCCACUUUCCUGCCCGACGUGCUUGAGUUCCGGCUCAUGCCCGACUGCACGAAGGACCAGCAGCACUAUCCACCGAGUCUGACCGCAGAGAAAACCCGCCGAGCAUCUUUCACGGCACCCACAGGUUGUCAGCAUCUCAAGGCUGUCCUUUGUUUGGAUGAGUUUCAACUCUAUCGCAAAGACCCUUUGGUUUUCAAUCCCAAUGUUGGUGAGCUACUUGCGCGCAUCGAGACCGAGCUCAUCUUGAGAGGAUUGACACAGGAUCGCAUUGCGACCUUCAAAGCUCGUGUCCAAGCCUGUGCUCUCUUGCUGUGUGCCGUUCGCGAUGGCAGAGAAGAUGCCAAUCUAUGGCAAGCAAGGUCGGUUGCUGCACCUCCUCGCAGAAUAUGGUCCAAAGAGCAGCAGCAAGUGCUCCAGCUCGUGCACGAGGGCACAACCAUCAGUGAUGCUGCAACCAUGGAAAAAGCACAUCGCAUUCUCCAAGUCGCGGGUGGUCCGGGGACCGGAAAGACAGAAGUCAUCAUCGCGGCUGUUCGCCAAGCCCUCGAAGACGGCUGCCGCGUGCUGAUUGCUGGCCCGAUCGGCCUGCUCGUUUCCAUGUACCGGCUACGAUUACCAAACCUUCAAAAUCUGACAAUGGAGACGGUGCAUUCAGCGUUCCGCAUAACUCGGGAAGCAGAUGCUGCCUAUGUUCCUCCAGGGCGGUUGCGGCACUACGACUUGAUCGUCAUCGACGAAGUCAGCCAAAUCGAAGCUUCCGUCUGGCGCAAGCUGAAAACCGGUAUAGGCGAGCUGAGUCCUUCCCCGUUCAUUGUGUUCGUGGGCGACUUUCAGCAACUCCAGCCUCUCCGUGGCGGUCGCACACUGCCAACAGAUGCCAACACAGCGGCUCGGCACGCUGCAACGGUGGAGGCAGCAGCCGGAGGAACAUUCACGUUCUUGACCGUGACCAACCAGGGCGCAGCUGCUUUGAAUCUCGGUCGUCUGGCUUUGGAGUUCCCGGAGGCAGCCGCUCUACUUCGAGGCGGCGGAGGCCUGCCGGCUGAAAGCGGCAAAGUCACCAUCGACCGGGGCAUGCGGCUCAGACUAACACAGAACAUCGACAAGGACCGAGGCUUCGUCAAUGGAAACACUGGCGUCGUCCGCAACAUGCUCCGGUCCGACGUCUUUGUGUUAGAUUCCGACCAAGGCAUCCCCAUCCUCGUGCAUCCUAUCACGCAACGUGGAAAAAAAUACUUGCCGGUCGCGUAUGGUUGGGCAACCACCAUGCGGCGAGCCCAGGGAGCGACCUUGGACAAGGUCGGCCUGUGGUUCGACCGUCGACUCCCGGAUCGCGGGUAUGCAUAUGUGGGCCUUUCUCGCGCAAAGCGUCGCGCCGAUGUUUGGCAUCUUGGCAAGAUUCGACGCACCGACCGGCGCCCCGUCAACGGCCAAGGCGAUCCCGACGAACAGCAAUACCUGUCGGCCUUGAGCGAAUCGACCCACAGCAGCGACAUGAGCUGCCAUAAUUCCGAGAGUGAAUCCACCCACAGCAGCAUGGGUUGCCAUCCUUCCGACAGUAGCUCAACAGCUUGCUACCGAGAGUCGACCGAAUCGUCGACAUUGGCGGAGCCGAGUAUGUACAGCUCCAGCGAAUACUCACAUUCGCGGUCUCUUGCGCAUUUUCUGCCAUCGUCCAGCGAGGACUUGUGA